ACAGGAAGAGAGUUCAGAAAGCGAUGCUUGCGCACGGACAACGCAUUUUAAUGCCUUAAAUAAACCCAUAAACCAUUCAGUUUCGGUUUUUGACAUAUGCACAAAUGGAGGCUCUAAGAUCAAAACAAAAAAUAAUAGAUCCAAGCCUGCUUUUGUCAUCCCUUCGCCUCCUGGUUCCACCUUUGCAGCUUCUGUCUGCUGCCAUGUGGCAUGUGGUGAAGCAGAAGGAUGUGAAAAACUACUGGAAACUGCAGGAGUUUGUCUGCAUGGUGACAGAGGCAGUACCCGGCCUGAUCCAGCAGCGACAGAGAGCACAGCUCCUGCUCGGCCUGAGGGCCAGGUUGAUUUUGGAGCUAUGUAAAGGCAGUGCUGUUGGAGAAGUGGAUACUCAGGGAAUCCAGAGUUACUUGGACAGACUCCCAGUCAAUUGUACCACAAUACAUCAGGGCGUAGAUGCAGAGGUGAAAACAACCGAGGCAACGUUUAUUGCACUGGUUCAGAGUUUGCUCAAAGAUCCAGCAGAGAGGGCCUAUUUUUUUCAGGAGGUGUUCCCUGCCGAAUACGGCCAGCAGUACGAUGCAGCACUACAAGUGUUGUUGUGGGAGCUCCUCUUGAAGCUGGAAAAGCUACUUCCAAUACCAGACCUGAAACAGACGACUGCCUGGUUCAUCUCCGCUCCUUCUCCUUUGGAGGAUUGCAUCCAGUCAUCAUCCGAGGAGCUGAGCUCCAUCUUCAAGCACUACAAAAGCUCAGGAUUACUGAAAACGACGUAUGGGCCAUCUUCUACCAUGGGUAGCUGUAUCCUCUCAGCUUUGUCAGUUCCUCCUUCGCAAAAGACAAACCUAUCAGCUGGACAGCAGUCCGUUCACAGCUGCUCGAACACACUGAGCCGUUUCACCCUGGCUGAGGCAGGAGAAUGCAACGUUGUGGCCUAUUACACUGAAGUGGAAGCCAGGUCGUCUGAUUUGGAGGCCGAAUCGGCAGAGAUUCAACUUCAGACGGAGUGUUACGAAGAAGAAAUAGUUGCUCUGAGUGCAGAUACCACCGGUGGGGGUGAUGAAGAGGAGGCCCUCAAGUUUAGGGAAGAGGAGACGGGUAAAGCCGGCGGCAUCGCUAAAGCUUUGGAAACUUUAACCAAAACAUUUGCACUGAGAAGUGAGAACAUGGGAAAUGAGACGGGUUUGGGGAAUGGAUCAAAUGAUUAUCAGGAAACAGGAGAUCAAACCGAGAGAAGAGAAGAAGAGGAUGCAGAGAUGCUGCGUGAUUUCCAGCCCAAAGCUUCAGAGGCUCACAUUGAACCGUGUGCGGAUCUACAGAACAACAGCAAGCCUGUCGAUCAGGGAGAAAUGACAAAUUCCUUCACUGGAGCCUCUGCAUCUCAGGAGCAUGACCUUCAAACAGCCACAUGUUUGCUGACGAAGAGUUACCCAGGCUGGCAGAAGAUGGAUGACGUUAAGAGGAAAACUUCCGACGUGACGCUUGCCCCGUCUGUGGUUGCAGUCAAAGGAACAGACAAAGAUGAGGUGACGUCCAUCAUCUUCACCUGCUCACGCUGUCCGUUCCAUGCCUCAGAGGUCUGCAGUCCUCCUCACUUCCACAUGCAGAGCGUUCCCACUGAGGUGUACAGAAGUUUCACAGGGGAGAAAUACACGCCAUCCCCUUCCAGCUCUGAUCAGAUAUUUACCUCCAUCAAGCUUUUCCCUAAAGGAAACGCAGAGACUGGUUCUGAGGGGGAUGAUGGCGUUCUUCUGGGUCUCAGCAGACAGAAGUCUCUGACGUGUGAAACGUGCGGGAAGACGUUCACCCGUACGUCUGAUGUGAAGAGGCACCAGCUGACGCACACCGGGGAGAGACCGUUCCACUGCUCGCAAUGCGACCGGACCUUCCAACACUCCUGGGAUUUGGCGAAGCACGAGAGCAAGCAUCACGGCGUGCCGAUUUCCUUCUGCUGUCAGCUGUGCGGCGGCUCCUUUGCUAACCUGCGCGCUCUGACCGUCCACCAUAAGAAGUCUCACUCAGAAGAGAGCCAGUUGCCUCAGAUCUGCUCCAUCUGCAGCAGAAGCUUCCCCACCAACGCCGAGCUGCUGGAGCACAGGAAGUCCCACAUCACCACCAGGCGCUACAUUUGCCAGCAGUGCGGCGAUGGCUUUGACACGCUGCUCGCCCGCUCCCAGCACAGGCAGCUGCAUCAGGUGAAGCGGCAGUUCAAAUGCCCGCACUGUGACAAAACGUACACCCGCAGGUCUGAUGUAAAGAGACAUUUAUCCAAGCACACCGGGGAGAGACCUUACCAGUGUAACCAGUGCAACAAACGGUUCCCAGUUCGCUUUAUGCUUGUUAAGCACCUCCGGGUCCACACAGGAGAGCGACCUUUCCAGUGCUCCCAUUGCUCUAAGAGGUUCACCCUGGUGUCUGUGCUGGCCCGACAUGAACGCAUGCACACGGGAGAGAAACCGUUCCUCUGUUCUCAGUGUGGAAAAGGUUUUUUAUCGCAGGGAGAGCUCUCCAAACAUCACAGGUCGCACCUGGACGAACGGCCGUACUCCUGCUCUCAGUGUGACAAACGAUUCAAGAGCAAAAAAACUCAACAGGAGCACAUCAUCUCCCACAGCGGCGCCCGCCCGUACCUGUGCACCCACUGCGGAAAGGGCUUCUCCAAACCGUACGCUCUGACCAGACACAACCUCAUCCACACCGGAGAGAGGCCAUUCCCCUGUGGACACUGCGAGAAGUCCUUCCUCACGCUCAGCGAGGCCCAGCUGCACCGCAGGAUUCACACCGGAGAAAGGCCGUACCCCUGCGACGCCUGCGAGCUCAGGUUUAAGAGCUCCUCAGAGCUGGCGCGCCACAAGCGUAGCCAUUCAGGGCUGAGGAGGGAGAAGCCGACGUGCGAGGAAUGCAGGACAACAUUUCCAUCACAGGCCAAACUAAAGAAACACAUGGAGAUGCAUGUAGAGGCUGCUGACCUCAAUAAGGACACAGUCAGAUAAUCAUGAUCAGAACGACUGAUGACAAAUGAGAGCUGCAUUUAUCCCAUUGAACUAUGGAUACAUUUUUUUAUAGAAAUCAUUCUGAGAGUGUAGGAUUUUGUACUUUACAAUUUUAUCAAACAUCAAAAGAUUAGC